AUGAAUGGACAUUUUUAUGACCAUUGUGUGCCUGUUGGGCAUCAUUUGCGCAUUGGCCACGAUACUGCUCAAUUUCAAUUUAGUGAUAAGGAUUGUGAUGAAGAAAUCAAAGCGAAAUGCAGAUAUGCAUUUGUUUUACUACAGUAUGUCGGUCCUUAUGUGGGCAAAGUCACUGGAUGUGCUAUCGAAGCGACAGUAGUUUCAACUCUUUUAAUAUUCAAAAAAAUCGCUGAAGCUUCUAGUCGUCGACGGACUGUAGCUGUUAAAAAUCUCAGUAUACACAAACAAAUGGACAAUCUCAUAACCAUUGUAUGCUUGUUAGGAAUUAUUUGCGCACUGGUCACGAUAUUGCUCAAUAUCAAUUUAGUCAUAAAGGUUGUGAUGAACAAAUCAAAGCGAAACGCAGACAUGCAUUUGUUCUACUACCGGUUUGCAUUGGACAUAUUUUUUGAGCAACUCGCGAUAUUCUCAGCUAUAGUGUUAUUAUCAAUAAUGCUAUCAACCAAACUAUUUAUUUGGAACAAUUUGAGGCAUAAGAAGAAUAAUCAACUAUCAAAGGCAAACCGUCUUGCACUACUGAAUACCGUAACCUUUGUUGGACCCUAUAAUGAUGUUUUCAAAGUCACUGGAUGUGCCAUCGAGGCGUUCGUAGUUUCAACUCUUCUGAUAUUCAGAAAAGGGAAGAUCGCUGAAACAUCCAGUCAUCGUCGGAGUAUAGUUGCUAAAAAAUCAAUCCAAAGUAACCAAGUCGUAGCUUUUUAA